UCCGCCAUAUUCACGAACCGGUUUCAACGGAGACAGACAGUGGACGAAGUGGAUAUAUCCCCAGUUUUUAUAUUCUGAACGUUCGGUAACCUGCCAAAAUGGCAGAAUUAUCUCCGUAGUUGUGCAAGCGACCUGGAUGGAGGGUUCAAGCCCGCCGAUGGGCUGUAAUUCGCUGCGAUAUCUUUGAUGAAAUGACCCUGAUAGCUUGUGGUAACCAUGAAAAAGGGAAGCAGUGGCAAUAACGGCCAGAGUGGGGUCUACCACAAGCUGGGGUCUCAAGCAACACAACCCCAACAACCUCAACCCAUCCAGCAAUCAGUGGACCUUACCCAAGGUCCCUCACGCACGUCCGGGUAUGCCGCCCCUCAACAUCCCGUGCCGCAGUACGUCGUCAACCCUGUCGCCGGUGCCCAGGGGUCACACAUUGUAACCACUGGUCGCCCGGCCCCAGCAUCACCCCUACGAGUACCAGCCCAGCAUGCUCAAGGCUCAACUGCUGCUGUUGUCCUACAGCAGCAGCAGCUGAGUCCUCAGGAUGUUGUCAGGCAGCAGGCACUGAUGCAGCUGGCGAGCUUUCAGAGCCAACUGGUCGCAGGCACAGCGAAUCAGGUGGUGAAUGUGCAGCUGGGUCCCAGCUACAUAGACCCAACCGCCGGCAUUCCCGUGCACCAGGUAAACAUCGGCACCCCACCCACCAGCGUCAGUGCUACCAACCCGUACAUGUUCAACGACACCCCCAAAGUAUUUCCGCAAGGAGAGGAGCUCCAGAUAUCGCAAGAGCAAAUUCACAUGCAGUCCCUGCUUCUGCCCAGCCACCACCAGCCUGUGGGGACCAUACACCAUCAUGGUCAGGGCUCACCCCGGUCAACCAUGCCACCGCUUGGCUUUGGCACGGCUCGGAUGAUGAGCAGCCAUAGCCCCACACGUGGCACCCCCGACAGCAAGAGCCCUACAGCGGGCGGGGGCACCUACCACAGAAGUCUAAGCAGCCCAGCACGGACAAACCCUAUACCGUCCAGUCCAUCGCGCAUGCGCAAAUCCCCAGUGAUGGCCUCUGAGACAGACCGUCCCCCUGCCACCAUCGAGGUGGCUGAACUCCGGACUCGAUUGCUCGAGCACAAACUGAAGAAUCUCCACGACCUGCAAGAUAGCUACAAAGAGAAACUAGCGGAGCUGUUCUUCUUGGAGAAUGGUAACAAUAUGAUGGACUUCUUGCUAUGGAAGAAGCGACCAAAUGCCCCACUUCAUAACUACAUGGCUAGUCACAAACUAGAAGGGCAAGAAGAAGAAAUAACUAUCAAUGAUGAGGUGAAGGUGAUCACGAACAGUGGCAGCAAUAUACCACUAGGGACACCGGUAGCCAUUUCUACACAGCUUCCUCCUGCUGUGUCAGCCUUGUCAUCCCAGCUCAAAGCCAAGGAAUUGCGGAAGAGUUUCCCUGGUGCCCUGCCCACUGCAAGCCCUGAUGUAGAUCGGAAACGGACCUACAGCCAAGCUGGUCUUGACGGCAGCAGUACCUCGGACAGAAAACCACUAGCUUUUCCAUCAACACACGAGCCCAACGUCACCCUCAGUCCCAAGGCAGUCACUCCCAUACCAGCAUUACCUGGCAGCCAGCCAUCACUAUUGCACAAACAGCAGCAGCAACACAAGCAACAUGCCGCCAGCCAACCACAGCAGCAGCAGGGUACUUCAAGCCGUGUCCCAAGCACCACGGCCUCUGCCAUGGGAGGCGGGUCGUCUCAUGGGCGGGCGUCGCUCAGCAUUCCACAUGCGCGCAGGGAGCCCAAAUCUCCACCAGCUGCCAAGCAUUCGCUGCACCAGCUCAAGUUGCCCAUCUCCCGACCCCUCACCGUCAGCACGCCGGCCAGCGCCGACACCACAUCGACCGUGGCUGGUGGCUCGCCAAGGCGCCAUCACUCGGGCGGUUCGGCCCCUCCGUCGGCGCUGCCCCAGAAGCUGCCCAAGUCUCCCAUCUCGCCCAAUGCCCACCAGCGGCUAGCCACCAGGCAGCACUCAUUAUCUGCCGUGUACGACUACACCAUCGGGUCACAGGAGAUGAUAGUGGAACGAGCUAAACAGGAAGCCCAAGUGAUGCAGAGAAUUGCUGAGCUGCGCAAGGAAGGUCUGUGGUCAGCCCGGCGCCUGCCCAAGGUCCAGGAGCCUCCCAGGAAUAAGACCCACUGGGACUACCUGCUGGAGGAGGCCCAGUGGCUGGCCACGGACUUUGUCCAGGAGAGGCGGUGGAAGAAGGCUGCUGCUCGCAAGUUGGUGCGAGCCGUAGCUAGACACCACCAGGAGAAGCAUGCCAAGGAGGUGAAGGCUGAAAGGGAAGAGACACAGAAGCUGAGAAGGAUCGCGGCCAACAUUGCCAAGGAGAUCAAGACGUUCUGGUCAAACAUUGAAAAGGUAGUGCAAUACAAGCAGCAGAGCCGGCUGGAGGAAAGGCGCCGGAAAGCCAUGGACAUGCAGCUUGACUACAUUGUGGGCCAGACAGAGAAGUAUUCCUCCUGGCUGACAGAGGGACUCAACCUCACCACUGCUGGCUCGUCAUUGCAGGGCUCCGUGGCCUCCAGCCCAAGAUCAGACCCAGGGCCACUGGCAGUGGGGGAUGAUGCAGACUUCCAGCCCGAGGGAGAAGACACGGACGAUGAGGAGACCAUCGACGUGGAAGAGCGGGAGGCGGAGCAGGACCAGGACGCCCACCAGAAGGAGCUGGAGCUGCUCCAGAAGGAGAGCCAGGUGCCCCUGGAGGACCUCCUGGGCAGCCUGCCGCCAGAGAUGCUGGAAGGGAAAGACGAGGCGGGAGACCAGGCGGCUGGGCCUAGCGAGACGAGCGAGGUCGGGACGGGCGACAGGGUGGAGAAGGGAAGUGAGGAGGAAGGAUCCGGAAAGGACAAAGAGGCAGACUUGAGUGAAGUGACCAAAGAAGCUGAGGGAAGUCCCCCCAAGGCAGCCACAGCUGACGAUGAGUUCAUGCCUUCAACAGAUGAUGAAGAGGAAGAAUUGCCAGAUGACGAAGAGACACUAGAGGAGCAGGAGGAGGCAGAGGGAACUGUGGACCACUCAGCCGAGGUGGCAGAGCUGGAGGCCGAGGGGGAGAUGAGCAUCGAGGAGCUUAUCAAGAAGUAUGGCGGGGCGUACGAGGAGGACUUUGAGAUGCCGGUGUCUGAUGACGAGGAUGAGGAAGAUGAAGAAGAUGAAGAAGACGAAGAGGAAGAAACUGAAGAAGAAGAAGAUGGCACAGCGUCAGAUGAGGAGGCAGAGUUGACAGAUGUCGGAAUGGAGUACCUCAUCAAUCCUCACAAGGAGAACGAGGAACCGGCAGCCCCAUCAGCCUCAGCCGCCCAGGAGCCGUCGCAGGAUGCAGGGCCCAACAAGGAGAUCACCGACAUAGCGGCGGCUGCACAGAGCCUGCAACCCACAGGCUACACGCUGUCUACCACACUGGUCAAAACCCCCGUGCCUUUCCUUCUGCGCCACAAGCUACGCGAGUACCAGCACAUUGGCUUAGACUGGCUGGUGACUAUGAACGACAAGAGACUCAACGGCAUCCUGGCUGACGAGAUGGGCUUGGGGAAGACCAUCCAGACCAUCGCCCUGCUGGCUCACCUGGCAUGUGAAGCGGGAAAUUGGGGUCCACACUUGAUUGUGGUGCCGACCAGCGUCAUGCUGAACUGGGAGAUGGAGUUCAAGAAGUGGUGUCCAGGCUUCAAGAUCUUGACAUACUUUGGCUCUCAGAAGGAGCGCAAGCAGAAGAGACAGGGUUGGACCAAGAGCAAUGCCUUCCAUGUCUGCAUCACCUCCUACAAGUUGGUCAUCCAAGACCACCAGUCCUUCCGGAGGAAAAAAUGGAAGUACCUGGUUCUUGAUGAGGCUCAGAACAUCAAGAACUUCAAGUCACAGAGGUGGCAGACUCUUCUCAACUUCAACAGCCAGCGCCGCCUCCUGCUGACGGGCACCCCGCUGCAGAACAACCUGAUGGAGCUGUGGUCCCUCAUGCACUUCCUCAUGCCCCACGUUUUUGCCUCCCACCGGGAGUUCCGGGAAUGGUUCUCCAACCCACUCAGUGGGAUGAUCGAGGGCACGCAGGAGUACAACGAGGGAUUGAUCAGACGAUUGCACAAGGUUCUAAGACCGUUUCUCCUUCGUCGUCUCAAGUCUGAAGUAGAGCACCAACUUCCCCAGAAGUAUGAGCACCUGGUGAGGUGUCGUCUAUCCCGGAGACAGCGGUUUCUCUACGAUGACUUCAUGUCACAAGCCAAGACCAGAGAAACCCUCUCCUCUGGCCACUUCAUGAGCGUCAUCAACGUCCUGAUGCAGCUUCGCAAGGUGUGCAACCACCCGGACCUGUUUGAGCCCCGGCCCAUACAGUCCCCCUUCCAGAUGGAGGGGAUCUGUUACUACACAGCCUCGCUGAUCACCAAGGCCCUGGAAUGGGACCCACUCAAGCGUGUCAGUCUGAACACCCUUGACACAUGCAUAGCAAGUCUGGAGCUCUUCCUACCAGCCUAUGCUGCCCACCGCAUUAAGCAGCUGCAGACACCCCGCCCCCUGAUAGAGGAGAUCGACUCUACCCCAGAGCCAGCGCCCCGACCUCAGCCCAUAAGGAUCAAGCCGGGCAAGCUUUUCCCCCCACCGGCCAGCCACCAGACCCCUAAGGAGCCCAAGACCACGGGGCUAGCUGCUACUGCUGCGUCAGGGCCGGCCACAGUGCUAGGCAGGGCCUCGCCGGCCGUGGUGGCCGCGCAGGCAAACACAGCGUCUGGAGGGCGGUCGUCACCCAGCAUAAGCCAUGUGCUAGUGAGAUCGUCGUCAGGGGUGCAGGUGCUGAGGCAGACAGGCUCAACCCAGCAAGGCAUAGUCCUAGAUGGAAGGAGCUCCCCCAGUGUUUCUCUGUCUCUGGCCACCACCACGUCCACCUCGGGUGUGCCCUCAUUGACGCUGGUCUCGCACCCCUCGGUCCCCAGUAGCACCCCCCUACAGCAGCUGCCAGGGUACACAGGGGUGGUGAUCUCCUCAGCAGGCUCAGCCUCUGGGCAGCAGCGGUUCUAUCUACAACAGCAGACAUCUGGUGCUGGAAGGGGCCAGUUCAUAACCACACAACCCAUCACGGUCCAGCUCCAAGGUGCGUCAGGUGGACCGGGCACAACUAUCAGACUGCCGGCCAGCCAAAUCAGACCGAUGUCGCAGGGUGGUAUUGUCCAAAUCGUUCAGACAUCCAGUGGUCAUCAGGUUUUGAGACCUGCCGUGCGACUAGCCUCUUCACCUGCCGUCUCACAGCAGCAGCAGCAGAACCAGUCGCGCUCCAGCCCGGUACCCAUCCAGAUGACCCUGCAGGCCACCUCGCCGCAGAUCCCCCGCGGCAUCCUCCAGCAGGGUACAGCAGCAGCAGCAGCAACAACGACCCAAACCACCACUACCCUGGCGCUGAGCCAGGCGCAGACGGUCAUACAGGCCCUGGCGCAGGCGGUGACGCAGGCGUCGCUGUCCUCGGGCCCAGCUGGCACUGCAAGCCAGUCACAGCAGCUUCAGACAGUACUCGCACAGUUCCAGAGGCAGCAGUUGGAGCAGCGCCAACAGCAACAGAAACUGCAGACGCAAGCGGCAGCAUCCCAAGCCUCCACCACCAUGUCGAUACCAUUGUCCCAGGCCCUUAGUACAACUUCACAACAAGUGACUAAGCCAAUUGCCUCUGUGGCACCCAUGGUCAGUGUGACUGUUAGCCUGACCAAUUCUGUUCAGACUGUGGUGACCUCGGCACUUUCAAGUUCAUCAGCGCAAGCAGGAAUGCCUUUGAAACCAAAAGAGCCCUCCAAGACAUCCGGCGUCACGAAACCAGAGGUGACAGAGCCAGUAGCAAAAACAACAGCAGCGACACUCUAUACCAGCGUGACCUCGCCACCACCCCUCGUGGCCAUUCGUCCCCAUGCCCCCGUGCAGGUCCAACCCUCCCCGGGGGUAGGGGGUAGCACUAGUUGCGCAGGGGAGUCUGAGUCCGCCCCGCCAACCCCGGCCCCUGUCAUGCAGCCAGUCCUAAAAAUCCGACCCCUGAGCAGACUAAGCAUAGCCAAGGCUACCGGAGGCCCCACAGCUUCAGUAACCUCAUCGGGUAGCCAACCAACAGUGACCUCAGCAUCUCAUCCCAGGAAGAUAUCAACAAAGCACAAUAAAGACUCGCCUUUCUUUCUGGAGUCUAUGUACAAGGCAGAGGUUGAGGAACGCAAGGCCACGCUGGCCAGGAUAGCCAGCCUGAAUCAGCUGCGCUGUGCUGCCAAGCCAGUCUAUGGCAGCGACCUACGCUCAGCCGUCUCCAUCCUGAACAGCCCCAACCCGGCUGGGAGAGAGCAGCCAUUUGCCAGCGGUGUAGGGCUGUACCAUUGCCAGGCGGCUCGCGGUCUGCCGUUCCCCCACGGGUACGAGGCCAGGUACUCACAGACCAACGCCCUUGAGGAAGUCAUCCACACUCCAGAGGACGUGCUGGAAGACUUGAGGGACAUCAUCAAGAGGUUCGUGAUGGUAGUGCCCAUGGCAACAGCACCACCUAUUACCAUGCACAUGUCGCACCCAGCGCCUUCCGCAGCCAACGAGUAUAGGAUACUCCGGAAGACACUCGGCAGAGAACUGACGCCUGCCAUGGCCUGCCUGCAUCCCAUCAAGACUGGCAUGAGCAUGCAGUUCCCCGAGCUCAGGCUUAUCCAGUACGAUUGCGGUAAGCUUCAAGCUUUGGACGUCCUGCUACGGAAGCUGAAGGUGGGCAGCCACCGGGUCCUGAUCUUCACCCAGAUGACCCGAAUGCUGGACGUCCUGGAGGCCUUCCUCAACUACCACGGCCACAUCUACGUCAGACUGGACGGCACCACCAGGGUUGAGCAGAGACAGCUCCUUAUGGACCGCUUCAACAUGGACAAGCGCAUCUUCUGCUUCAUCCUGUCAACACGGAGCGGAGGUCUGGGUAUCAAUCUCACGGGUGCAGACACCGUGAUAUUCUACGACAGCGACUGGAACCCCACCAUGGAUGCGCAAGCCCAGGACCGCUGCCACCGGAUCGGCCAAACCAGGGAUGUCCACAUUUACAGAUUGAUCAGCGAGAUGACUGUGGAGGAGAACAUCUUGAAGAAGGCCAACCAGAAGAGACUCCUUGUGGAUGUGUCAAUUGAAGGGGGGAACUUCACCACGGCAUUCUUCAAAACGAACACCAUCAAGGACCUGUUUGACCUGUCCAGUCGAAGGGACGUUCAGCCAGUCAGCAUUGAGGAUCUGGUAGUCAACACCAGACCAGAGCAGGCUCCGAGCAAAGCGCUGCCAGUCAGCGAAGAGAAAGACACCAUCACGCAGAAUCAGUUGGAACAGGCCCUUGCCAAGACAGAGGACGAGACUGAUGUUAAGGCCACCUCCAAGGCCCUGGCAGAGCAGGAUGCCGAGCUGGCUGAGUUUGACGAAACCAUACCCUACGAGGGGGAGGAGACCAAGCCUAAGGAGGAGGUGUCCCGAAUUGAGAUUGAGUUGGCCCAGCUGGACGAGCAGCUGACUAACAUUGAGAAGUAUGCCAUGAGGUACCUAGAGGCUAACAUGGAACCUCCAGCCAUGGAUGAUGUCUUGGAGGCAGAGGAGCAGGUCAUGUUGGCCAAGAAGGAAUGGGAGCUGGAACGUCUUCAGGCCCUGAAGGAGGAGGAGGAACGUAAGGCCGAGCAGGAAGAGGACGAGAUAUUCUUCACCUACUGUGAUGAGGAGGCAAAGAAUAAGGUGUACAUUUCCAACAAAGAUGACAUUAUGCCGAUCUGGGCUCCGCCCACCCCACCCCAAGAUGAGAAUGAUAUCUACAUAGACUACUCGUGCAGCCUGAUGUAUGAAAGCACCAUUAUGAUGGAAUCCAAACUGCCCCAAGUCUACGUCAAGAAAGAACACAAGAAGGCGAAAGUAGAACAAGGAAUCCGCAAGAUCAAGCCUCACACCAAGUCGGGCGAGGCCCCCCACCACACAGCGCACAUCAUGACCCCACCUCAGUCUCUCUUCAACCGGCCCUCAGCCGCCCUGCUGCGCAUGCGGCGGGAGGCCAAGCAGCAGAAGCUGCGGGCCAUGGCCGGCAAGCCCGUGGUCAAGCCGCUGCCCAUUGUGCACCGGGCCACCUCCACCGACAUGCAGACCGCUGACCGGCACGAGUGGCUGAUAAACGAGGACUGGGCCUUGCUGCAGGCCGUCCAAGCCCUACAGGAGCUCCCGCUCACUCUCCAGGCCGUUGUCCCAGGCCACAUUAUCAACUGGGACCUGGUCAGUGAUAUCGUCAAUGGCACCAGCCGCAUCUACCGCUCGCCGAAGCAGUGCCGCCACCGCUAUGAGAGUGUGAUCAUCCCGCGGGAGGAGGGCAAGAUCCUCUACGACACCAACCCCAAGAAGCAGAAGAAGUCCAAGGGGAUAUACAGGCAGACCAAGAACAAUCGGCCCAUGAAGACCAGCCAGCUCCACACCCAGGACGGCAACGCCUCCCACACCAUGUUCUACUCCAACAAGUUUGACCUGCUCAAGACGGUGAUCGGCAAGAGACAGCCCUACCUCAAACAGGUGUUGAACAAUCCCUUGCUGAAGAACCCCAAGCACAGUGCAGUGUUGAACGAUCACGGUAUAAACUACGAGAAGCCCAUGUCACCCACCCAGGUAGCCACCAAGAGAGCUGAGAGGAUUGCCCGUGAAAAGAAGGCUGCACAGGAGCAACAGCAGCGACAACGAAUCCAAGACGCCCAGGCCAAGCAGCAACAGGCCGUAGCAGCAGCGGCGGCAGUAGCUCAACCAGUAGCCACAGCCACAACAGCAACGGUCAUGCAAGCGGGCCCCGGCACCAUCAAUCGCACCGCGCUGGGCCCCACGGCCAUCCGCGUAACAGGCGGAGCCAAUAGCAUUGUGGUCAAUACCCCCGGUGUGGUGACAGCCAUCCCAGGCAACUCCUUCGCCAACAUCAACAAGCGCAUGAGCCAACAGCAGGUGGGGACCAUGGCAACCAUCUCUGGGGCCACACCCGUCAUGGCCACCGUUCCAAGUUCACUGGGACAGGUAGUAAGAGCCCAGGCAGUGCGUACCACCAUUGCCCACGUCUCGCUGCCCAGCUCGGCAGGCAUAAUCACCAGCCAGGUCCGUGCCCCCGUCACGUCUGGGGCCCAGGUAGUCAUCACAUCUGCGGGGUCUGCCAGCCAGGCCAGGAGUACACCCACGGGCACGGCCACAAUAACAGCUAAGCUGGCAGCCAAUUACGGUCUGAUUAAGCAGCAUGCCAUAAAACAGCAAGCCCUGCUCCAACAACAGCAACAGCAACAAGCACAAAUCAAGCUUCAGGCCCAAGCACAUGCCCAAGCCCAGGCCCAAGCCCAGGCCAAGAUAGUCCAGGCAGAGGCCCAGGCCCAGGCUCAGGCCAUGCAGAAGCAGCUGCAGUCUGGCCAAAAACCGCCCACCAGCAACGUGACGGUCAGCCAGGUGGCUGCAGCAGUCAGCGCCACAUCCACCCUCGCCCAGCCACAGCUAACCCAGGCUGGCCAGCCACGAGCACAGGUGCAGAUAGGGGGCAAGACCGUGACCCGCCCCAUGAAGAAUGAGGACUUGACGGCCUUGCUCAAGCGCCACCAAUUCUUGGCCAGCCAGCGGAUCCAGAAGAGGACGUCGGCCGCCAUCACCACGGUGCCCCUUACCACGGUGGCCGGGAUCAAGAACAUCACCCUGAGUGGGCUGACAGUCAGCCCCGCAGCAAUGGCUUCCACCGGGGCAGCCAGCGGAGGUACCCCCAAGGGCCCGGCCCAGCAGAGCCAGGCCCAGCAGACUGGCAGUGCAGCCACACUGCCCAUGAAGCCCCUGACCCUCCCUAGCAUGGUAUCCAAGAUCAACUUGCCCCAGAAGGGGCAGCACCAGGCCAAGCAGCAGCAGUUGCAGCUGGCAGUCAAGACCCAGCAGCUGCUGGCCCAGCAGAAGAUGCAGCCAGGCAGCGCAGUGGUCAGCCAGGCCCAGCUACAGGGGGCCUCGGGCACCAUCAGCCCAGCCCAGAUCAGGAUCAGUACCCCCUCCGUCUCAGUGGCCGUCACAGGCUCACUCGCCAGUCAGGUUGUACAGACAACGAACAGCCAACGGCAACGCCUGUCCCAGCAGGUUAGCGGGCUGACACCACAGCAACUACAGCAGGUCAGAGUCCAAAGGGUCACGACCUCUCAGGCCCAGGCCAGCCCCGCAGUAGUGCAGCGAGUGGGCCAGGUUCAGCAGCUGGCCACAGUUCGGCAGCAGCUACAGCAGCAAGUCAAGCAGUCAGGCAGUGGAGGAGGGGCCACCUUGUCCAUUCAGCAGGCUGGUAAACCAGUCACCAUCAUCCCUACAGUCUCAGGGACCUCCUUACUGACAGUGGCCAAGUCCAUGGGGGGUUUGUCCCAGACCCACGUCAUGACCCCCUCCCAGAAGCAGAUCCUGACCCAACUCAUGUCCAGCGGUGGGACCCAGAACAUGACCCAGCUGGCCCGGGUCAUCUCCCAGGCGCAGGCCCUGGCCCAGAAGAGCUCACAGGCCGGUGGCUUGCAGCCCCAGCAGACUGUGACUGUGCAGAGCGUGCCCAGUGCCCAGCAGUCUCGGGCCCAGUCGCAAGGGAGCAGCACCAGCGGGGCAGUGUCAGGUCAAGUAGCAGGCUCAGGCCAGGUGACUGCCUCCAUACAGCCCCAGGGUACUCCACAGUCAGCGUCCCCAGUACAGGUCACUCUUAGCGCCCAACCUACUAAAGCAGGCGCACAGACACAGCAGUCGCCAGCUCAGCAGCGACACGCAGCAAUGCCGUCAGCAGCACAGCGCCUGGUGCAGCAGGCCCAGACGCAACAGGCCCAGACACAAGCCCAGGUGCAAAAACAGACAGGCACAGUCCAGGCGCGGCUGCAAGCAACCACUGCUGCCCAGCAGCAACUCCAGCAGCAGAAGCUGCUAGCACAGCAACAGCAGGUACUGAAGAUCCUCCAGAGUCAGGCCUCUCAGCCCCAUGCACCUGCCAAGCCCAAACUGGAGCUGCAGGUAGAGGCCAAGCCGCAGGCCCAGCCCAUACCACAGCCUCAGGCCCAGCCCGCCCCACCUGCUCAGGAACAGGCCACGGUGGAGAUUGAAGCUGAGGCACCAGCUGUGCCCCUGCCCUCAGCCCAAGCCUCAGCCAGCGGAAAAGAGGUCUCUGAUACACAGCCCUCCACAUCAUCUUCCGAGCAACAGCAGCAACCGAUGCCAUCCAAACAGCAGCAGCCUUCCCCAGCCGCACCAGUCAGGGCCUCUCCAUAUGCAAUGAGACUGCGCAAACCCUCAAAUCCAUCCAAGGAGUGAAUUGACAGUAUAAUGCUGCUAUUCAUGCGCAGUGUAAAAGUGACCAGCUGCAGUGACAGAUCGUUACUCCUAAUCUGCUAGGCACAAUAAAGCAUAAAACGUACAACAUAAAUGCAUAGCAAAUGAUACAUAAUUUGAGAGGUCAGUCUUUUUUUCCCCACAUAGGAUAAAAACUUGUUUCAGGAACUCUUUGUGGUAUGCAAGGUUGUCCUAGAUUUUGCACACAUCUUUUAAGAAUCCUUUUUUAGCCAUUUGUAACCUGGGUAUCUCCUGCAUCCCAAACCGAGUGCCUCACUGUCUUAACUUCAUCAACUACAUCAAUCACAGAUUGUCAGGGCUGUAGAAUGAUAUAUCUCAGUGCUGUGAGGGAAUUUUUGUUGGUGUGGACAAGGAUCGCUCUGAAAUCAAAUCUUCCAAGCUGGAUGGUUGGUUUUUAGGUCCUAGCAUUCCACUUCAAAUGACUGGCUAUCAGCACAAGAUUUGGAGGCAGUGAAAACUCUCUAGCAAUAACGAUCAGAAAUUGCAGACUUAAAAUAUUUUUUGUCUGAUAUUUAGUCUUUUUUUUUUUUUUUUGGAUGUCCAAGAGCUAAGCUUAGGAACUGUCAUGAUUGAUGAACUGUCGUCCCAAACUUGAAAUGAUGCAUGACAUGAAAUGAAUUAAUUCUUUUCCAUCCUAUUUUUCAUGUUUUUAUUAGGUAGAUUUUUUUUUAGUUGACAGAGAACUAAUUUUCUCUAGUAUUUUGGGUAAUUGAGUACAAAAGUGUAUUUUAUUUGUAAGUCUGGGAACUGUUGAAACAAAAACACAUGCUGAAUUUUUUUCCCAAUUACUUUUGAAUUCGAAUGGGAAGGGAAUAGGCCUGUGUACAUACGACAUGUAUGUGCUUUCCUAUGGCACCCAGUGGAUCUCGGCAGACCUCACUAGCUCAAUGGAAAAGCUUGAUGUAAAUUAUCAGUGUGGUGUCAUCACUACACAGCCCUGUUACCCAACCAACCUUGCUGUGCUUUUCUGUGUAUUCGCACAACAAAGGUACUUAAUAGUUCCUUACUUCCACUGAUGGUCUUGUACAAAUAUUUAUUUGCGUCUCAGUAGCUAAGAGCAGAAUUCGUGCACAGAGAAUAUGCGUGAAAUGUAUCAAAUUGACCCCCAGUCCAAUAUGAAUUGGUCAUGCUGUCCCCAGUGGCCAUGACACAGUGGUAUUUCAAGCAUUUUUUGAGUGAUAAAUUAAGUUGUAUCGUGAAUUUUUACAUGUGUAUUUGGUUUUUGCCCCACACAUUUUGCACGGAUGUUUUCAAUUUCUUUUCUUUAUACAUGAACCAUGAUUAUGUCCCAGAUCCUUGGGAUAUUUUUUAGAUAUUGGCAUGCAGAACAGUAGGUGUACAGAUAGCUUCAGUCUUUUUCCCAUACUCGUUGGGGUCCAGAUUGACGAGAGAAAAGGGAAGGUCAAACAAGCCAAGUUAUAAGUAGGAAGGAAGAAAAAAAGAAUGGAAAGCAAUGGUAAUAGUUGAUUGUUACCUCAGUUCCCUUUGGCUGUUCCAACAUGCUAACUUGAAUUCGAUAGGUUUUACAUUUAAAUACAUACUUCACUGACCAGUAUAUUUCAAUUGGGAGUAGUAUUUCUUCAUUUGAUAAAGUAACCACUGAACCAAGGGUAUCUCCAUAAAGGAGGUUGAUAGCAGCUUUGCUGGGGGGCAAAUUAUAUCCUCAUUGAAAUAAAAUGUGCAUUCAUCCACGUACAAGUACCUCUUCACCCAUAGCUCUACCCUUAGUGAGGUCAUACACGGCAAGUGCUAUUACCCGUUUAAAUGAUUAACCAAAACCAAAAUUAAUUUUAAAAAUGGCAUGCAAUUGUUGGCCUCUACUGCAGAACUUCAGUGGCAUGUACAUCUUGUAAAAAGUGAAUUGGCCAGACCAAACAAUCAGUGGGUUCUUUUUAUAGAAAAGAUUUGCGUAGGUUUGAGCAAGUCCCGCGAGCCAAGAGCCACUGUACGACAGCCAUGUGUCAUAAACUCUGUAGGUAUGUAAAGACAGCACCGAUAUGCAUUGAAAAACAACAAAAUAAUUGUUGAAAGUACUCCUUUUCUCUCAAUAAAAUCUUUCUAAUCAAGA